GCAGUGGGAGAGCCAAUCAACGAAUCGCGCAGCGCUCUCUUUAAGCCUGACAUAUCUCCAACAGGAACAAAUUGUCCCAACAAUCAACAUCCGAAUCUCCCGUGCGCAUCAGGGGUGGAGUGGAUAUUGUCCGGACGCCGGAUUGCACUGGGUUCUGGAACACAAUAACAAACCAGUGAAGAAUAUAUAGACAGAAAAACAGCAUCCCUCUGGAUAUCGACGUUGGGCUGGGGAUUGAGACCCGACAUCAUGUCAAUACUACCUUCGUUUGGGUUUACCCAGGAGCAAGUCGCCUGCGUCUGCGAGGUCCUGCAACAAGGAGGUAACCUGGAGAGGCUCGGUCGUUUCCUCUGGUCUCUCCCAGCUUGUGACCACCUCCACAAGAAUGAAAGUGUACUGAAAGCAAAAGCGGUGGUCGCCUUCCACCGAGGGAACUUCAGAGAGCUAUAUAAGAUCCUGGAGAGCCACCAGUUUUCUCCGCACAACCAUCCCAAGCUGCAGCAGCUGUGGCUGAAAGCGCACUACGUGGAGGCGGAGAAAUUGCGCGGCCGACCGCUUGGAGCCGUGGGGAAGUAUAGGGUAAGAAGGAAAUUCCCUCUGCCCCGCACAAUCUGGGACGGCGAGGAGACCAGCUAUUGCUUUAAGGAGAAGUCCAGGGGUGUUCUUAGAGAGUGGUACACGCAUAACCCCUAUCCCUCCCCGCGAGAGAAAAGGGAGCUGGCCGAGGCCACGGGACUGACCACUACGCAGGUCAGCAACUGGUUCAAAAACAGACGCCAGAGAGACAGAGCCGCAGAAGCUAAAGAAAGAGAAAACAGCGAAAACAACAACUCCGGUAACAACAAACAGAACCAGCUGUCUCCCCUCGAUGGCGGCAAGUCGCUCAUGUCCAGCUCGGAAGAUGAGUUCUCUCCACCACAAAGCCCUGAUCAGAACUCUGUGCUUUUGCUCCAGGGAAAUAUGAGUCACCCCGGCGUCUCCUCUUACCCUAUGACGGGUCUCGGUGGCACACAGCCGGUGCAUGGAAUGCACGGACACCCGCACCAACUCCAAGACUCGUUGCUGGGACCUCUAACAUCGAGCCUUGUGGAUCUAGGCUCCUAAAGGCAAACUGAUACUAUCUUUUAAAAGACUGAUAACUCUACCAGCUUGAGUACAUAUAUGAAAUUACACUAUGGUACCUUAUAACUAGACUGACCUCUGUCUGUCGUUAAAUUUGGUUAGAACUAUAACGCAAUUAUUUUAUGCGCUUAUCCUGACUUAGGAGGUACCCUCCUUCCCGUGAAAAUACAACCAAACCCCCUUUUACGAACUCUUAAGUCAACGAGACACUUAAACUGGACUGCCCUUUUGCUUAAUUUAUGAUAUUAUUUGUUCAGAUAAAAUUUAUAGCAAUCUCCUGCUAUGGAAACUAAGAAGCGACGUUUUCAUUAAAAUCCUAUUAGUUUCCAAUAAAACAAAAAGAGACGUCAAUUUGUUUAAUGUGUAUUAUUUGUAUGUCCAGUCAAUAAAAUAAAUAGCAUUAUAUCAUAGCCUAUAUUCAUCCCUCAAAGAUAUGUAGAGCAUGGAGAACAAAUAUGGGCUAUAAUAAACCAAAACAUUUUGGUCACGUUUUCUUCCUUGGUAUAGCAUUGAGCCAUCUACAUUUUACGCACGUCCAUGAUAGCAAACAAUACAAAAUAUCCGUUCAACUUUUGGGCAGGGUGUAUUCGAAAAGCACAUUUAGUUUCUUAGGCCUCUAUGUCACCAUUUGGAUGGAUAGAAACCACGGUCAAAGUUCUCUGUUUAACUCUCCAGACAAAAUGGACAUAUUUAAUCUUUCCUUGAAAUUGUUGCUUUAAUUUUCACCCAACGUGGAAUUUCAGAUAUGUUAAUAGAGUUAAAACUCAAAACAUGAUCGAUUCAGAAUAACAACAAAACAUCCGGAUUGGGAACUGUAAAAUGUGGGGCCCAAACUCUUAUAAUCCGUUAAAAAAGGACCACGAGGUAUGCACAACAGAGUAGUUUUGUCGAUGAUAUUUAAAGCCAUGUUUUGCCCAAGGCGAAGAAGCCUGGUUCUCGCCCGUGCUCCAUGAGCGCUGCGGAUCAUUACGUCUGUGUUGCGGUGUUUACUUUGCUCUCUCCAAGUGUUUGUUCUGUCGGUUCUGGGCCACCGAAAAGCAACACCAUCUGCGGAAGGCGUGAUUUUACAUUAAUCUGUAGCCUACUACGAAGAACAAAUAAACCUAGAAAUUGAUUUAUGUUUUUUAAAUACUCCCUCCUUCAUCCUUGUUCAACAUCAUGCACAACUUUUAGAAUUACAAUACAAUUAGUAUUGAACCCUGUUAUCACUCAUGUUAUAGGCUAACUAUCCUAUAAUAAUGAUGGGAUUUGAAAGCUCAAUGAUAAAACCACCAUCACCAACAACAAUAAUAACAACAGUAGCCUAAUCUGCUUCUUAUUUCAGUUAUUAGCAUAUUACUAAAAGUGUCUUAUAAUAAUACAAACAAUAUACAAAUAAUAACACUACUGUAAUAAUAUGAAUGAUUGCUGUUGCAAUCAUUGUCAUUCGAAUAUAUCGAAUAGGCAAAUUCAAGACUGAUUUGUAUAGGGUCUACAGCCGCGUUGGGCUGUAAAGCAAUCCUCAAAGGACAACAACAUUUAUAGCGUACUUUAUGGGCCAAAUAUCUGCGUCAUAUUUUGAAAAAUGUCUCACUUGCACUCCAAAAGUUUCUGGUAACAGAGGACAACUCCUUUGCCCCCCUACCCCUUAGGCUCAUGUCAGGGUAAAUUGUUAUGAACAGAGAGCACGGAGGAUUUCCUGGGCCUAAUCUGAACCAGUUGCUGCUAGCAUUAGAUCCUGAUUGCCAAGAUUGCAGGGCUAUGCCCGGCUAUAGCACGAGGAACCCUGGCCUGGGGCAGUCUGCAUCCCGGAGGCGUUGUCAUUUGGGACUGUUUCUUAACCUAUAUCAUGACCACCAACCUACCAUGUCUACCAAAUACAGUGGAGUGAAUAUUUACCAUUUACAGCCAUGCAGUUUAUAUUUUUAAGUGAUGCGGUUGUUACAUUUUUAAUAGUUUUCUAAUAAUAUGUUAUACUACCCCUACAGCUACCAUACUACUAAAAUAAACAUGAAACUAGUUAUG